CCGAAAGUACCGGUCCGAGAACAGAGUCCUAGUUCACUAAUUUUUGAACUUCUAUUAAGUCGAAAUUUGUGCGGGUCUUUUCUUUCCUUCUUUUUGUUCUUGUCUUUCUAGGGUUUUCUGCAAUUUUUCUUUUUCUUCGUAAUUUAACAAAACAUGAGGAAGAAACUCGACACCCGUUUCCCAGCCGCUCGAAUAAAGAAGAUUAUGCAAGCUGAUGAAGAUGUUGGAAAAAUUGCUAUGGCUGUCCCUGUGCUUGUUUCUAAAGCAUUGGAGUUAUUUCUACAAGAUUUAUGUGACCGAACGUAUGAAAUAACUUUGAUGAGGGGUGCCAGGACUAUGAAUUCUUUGCAUCUAAAGCAAUGUGUACGGGCCUUUAAUGAUUUUGAUUUUCUCGGAGAAAUUGUUGGCAAGGUUCCUGACCUAGGUGGAUCGGAUGCUGCUGGCAAUGAUCAUUCUGGUGCCAAAAGAAGGAAAGUGGUUGAUGAUGAUGACAAUGCUAGUGGCGAUGAGUCAAAGAGGAGAAGAAUACAUGAGACCAGCCAUUUUACUAGCUGUGGCAGAGGUCGGGGUAGGGGCAGAGGUAGAGGUCGUGGAAGAGGUAGCAAAACAGCAGAGAGAGAGACAGCUACACAUUGUGAAAAGUUUGAAGAUGAUCCAGACAUUUCUCAUUGUCAAGAGAAGCAUACUUUAAGCAUUCAAAGGCUUGAUGAUCGGGAAGAGCCUGAUGAAUUGAAGAAUCAUAAUUCAGCUGGCAAGAACGUUGAAGCCCCAGUUGGAAGCUUUGACCUCAAUGUCGACUUGAACGAGAAUAGGGACUCAACCAUAUCUGUUGCUCCUGCUAGUCCAAUAACAGACAGCAUACCUGAAAAGCAGGAGGAAUACCCUGGUUAUUCAUUCUCUGAAAUUGAGAAGAUGGCUAUUGAUCCUAUUGAACUUGCUAAUUUAAACAGGGGGAUAGAUGAGGAAGACUAUGAUGAAGAAGGAUAAGCAAUUGAAUUUCUGCUUUCAUGUGCGGUAUUAUAGUUGCCUUUCUCCUACAUGUGCAGUUCUUUUCUUAUAUAGAGUAGAGUAGAUUUUAUGCUUUGAAAAGAGAAAUAUGGUAGGAAGCUUAGGAAGAAGGGAAACACUGAAAGGUACAUUCUAGAUUAGUCUGAAACUUUUAGCUUAUCUUUCUGAUUUCUCUAGGGGUUGUAAUAAUAUAUGUUUACACUAUAUAAAACUAAUUGAAAGCAGUUUUGAGUUCCUAAGUUCAGGAUGACUGAGCAAAACUCUUGAAGAAAAGGAAAAGUACUGUUCAUGCUACUGUAGCCGAACUGUGGUGCAGACUGUUCAUGCUCUAAUAAUGUCGAUGUAGCUGAUUCUAUUUUAAUGUUUGUCUUCU